UCAUAUUUACUCUGAAGGGCGAAGAAGUUCUUUGAUAUGUGUUUGAUAUUUUAGUUUAAGCAAAUGAACGAGGAUUCAUUGGUGUUUGGUGCUGUCUGUGGUUUAUUUGAGCAGUUGUUAACACAUGACUGUCGCUAUUGUGUAUCAGUGAACUCAUGAUCUGUUUCUCUCAGGAUCCGUUCAGAUUGUGUUUGUUUGUCAUUUCAUUCAGAAUCAGUGCUGGACAUCAGAUUCUGUUUCAUCAUGGAAGACACACUAACACCCACAGAUGAAGAGUUUUCUCCAGGAUGCAGUUCAGUUGAUCAGAAGAGAUCAGAAGCUGAGUCCAGCUGUGUGUCUCUGAGGAGUGAUGCGUCUAUGGACCAUCCAAUGCAUUUUAAGAGUCGAGAUACACAGACUGAUCUCAGCUCCAUUCAUAAGAAGAGAUCAGAGUCCAGCUGUGUGUCUAUGAGGAGUGACACAUCAUUAGAUUAUAAGUGUGAAGAAACAAAGACUGAUCCCAGCCAUGAAGUCCUGAACACGUUCAGAUCAAAUCUGCUGAAGAAGUUUGAGCGUCUGAAUGAGGGAACAGGGACGCAGAGAAACCCAACACUCCUGAAUGAGAUCUACACAGAGCUCUACAUCACAGAGAGUGAGAGUGGAGAGAUCAGUAAUGAGCAUGAGGUGAGACAGAUUGAGACACAAUCCAGGAGAGCAGCAACAGAGGACACAGCCAUUAAAUGCAGUGACAUCUUUAGACCUUUACCUGGACAAGACAAAGCCAUCAGAACUGUGCUGACAAAGGGAGUCGCUGGCAUUGGAAAAACAGUCUCUGUGCAGAAGUUGAUCCUGGACUGGGCUGAAGGGAAAGAGAAUCAGGACGUCCAGCUCAUAUUUCCUCUUCCUUUCAGAGAAAUCAACUUGAUGAAGGACAAAACACUCAGUCUUUUAGAUCUUCUUCAUGUGUUUUUCUCUGAAACUAAAGAAAUGGAAAUAUCCAGUGAUGAAUAUAAAGUGUUGUUCAUCUUUGAUGGUCUGGAUGAGUGUCGUCUGUCUCUGGACUUUCAGUGUAAAGUGAAACUGUGUAAUAUAUCUGAAUCAGCCUCAGUAGACGUGCUGCUGAUGAACCUCAUUGUGGGGAAUCUGCUUCCCUCUGCUCUCAUCUGGAUCACCUCCAGACCAGCAGCAGCUGAUCUCAUCCCCUCUGAGUGUGUCCAUCGAGUGACAGAGGUACGAGGCUUCAAUGAUCCACAGAAGGAGGAAUACUUCAGGAAGAGAAUCAGUGAUCAGAGUCUGGCCGACAGGAUCAUCUCACACCUGAAGUCAUCAAGGAGCCUCUACAUCAUGUGCCGCAUCCCAGUCUUCUGCUGGAUCUCAGCCGCUGUUCUGGAGAAGAUGUUGAGUCAAGCAGAGAGUGGAGAGAUUCCCAAGACUCUCACUCAGAUGUACACACACUUCCUGAUCCUUCAGACCAACAUCAAACAUGAGAAGGACUAUGAGAAGAAGAUUACAGAUGAAGACAUGAUCCUCAAACUGGGGAAAUUGGCUUUUGAACAUCUUCUGAAAGGAAAUCUGAUCUUCUAUGAGGAAGAUCUGAGAGAGUGUGGCAUUGAUGUGAGAGAAGCAUCAGUGUACUCAGGAUUGUGCACUCAGAUCUUCAGAGAGGAGUUGGGCUUGUAUCAGGGGAAAGUCUUCAGCUUUGUUCAUCUGAGCAUUCAGGAACAUCUAGCAGCUCUAUAUGUGCACCUCUCUUGUACAAACAACAACAGAAAUGUGUUUAAGCCAACCACCAAACAGUCUAAAGUAAAAGACUCAAUUCGACUUUCAUUAUCUGUGCUGCAUCAGAGAGCUGUGAAUGAGGCUCUAAAGAGUAAAAAUGGACAUCUGGAUCUUUUCCUGCGGUUCCUUCUGGGUUUGUCAGUGGAGUCUCAUCAGAUUCUUCUACAAGAACUAAUGAAACAGACGAGAAGCAGAUCUGACAGCAAUGAGAAAACAGUUGAGUACAUCAAGAUAAGGAUCAGGUUCAUUAACUCUCCAGAGAAAUCCAUCAAUCUGUUCCACUGUCUGAAUGAACUGGGUGAUCAUUCACUAGUGGAGGAAAUACAACAGUAUCUGAAAUCUGGAACAAUAAAGGAAGCCAAACUCUCUUCAUCUCAGUGGUCAGCUGUAGGUUAUGUAUUGUUGACAUCAGAGGAAAAGCUGGACAUGUUUGAUAUUAAUGAAUUUGUUGGAGAAAAUAAAGCUGAAAAACAAAAUGUUCUUCAGAAGCUGCUGCCUGUGAUUAAAGUUCAUAUGAGUGAUUGUGGCAUGACAGAUAAAGAUUGUGCUGCUCUGACUUCAGUUCUGAGAUCAAACCCCUCACAGCUGAGAAAUCUGGAUCUGUCUAAUAAAGCAAUCAGAGAUUCAGGAGUGAAGCUUCUCUCUGUUGUUCUGGCAGAUCCUCGGUGUAAACUGGAGGCACUGAGGUUGAGUGAUUGUGGCAUCACAGAUGAAGGUUGUGCUGCUCUGUCUUCAGCUCUGAGAUCAAACCCCUCACACCUGAGAGAACUGGAUCUGUCUGUGAAUAAUCUAGAAGACUCUGGAGUCACACUGCUGUCUGCUGUACUGGAGGAUCCUCACUGUAAACUGGAGAAACUGGGGUUGUGGGGUUGUCACGUCACAGAUGAAGGUUGUGCUGCUCUGUGUUCAGCUCUGAGAUCAAACCCCUCACACCUGACACUUCUGGAUCUGUCUGUGAAUAAUCUAGAAGACUCUGGAGUCACACUGCUGUCUGCUGUACUGGAGGAUCCUCGCUGUAAACUGGAGAAACUGGGGUUGUGGGAUUGUGGUGUCACAGAUGAAGGUUGUGCUGCUCUGUGUUCAGCUCUGAGAUCAAACCCCUCACACCUGACACUUCUGGAUCUGUCUGUGAAUAAACUAGAAGACUCUGGAGUCACACUGCUGUCUGCUGUACUGGAGGAUCCUCACUGUAAACUGGAGAAACUGUGGUUGAGAGUUUGUGGUGUCACAGAUGAAGGUUGUGCUGCUCUGUGUUCAGCUCUGAGAUCAAACCCCUCACACCUGACACUUCUGGAUCUGUCUGUGAAUAAACUAGAAGACUCUGGAGUCACGCUGCUGUCUGCUGUACUGGAGGAUCCUCACUGUAAACUGGAGACACUGUGGUUGAGAUAUUGUGGUGUCACAGAUGAAGGUUGUGCUGCUCUGUCUUCAGCUCUGAGAUCAAACCCCUCACACCUGAGACACCUGAAUCUGUCUGGGAAUAAACUAAAAGACUCUGAUGUGAAGUUGCUCUCUGAUCUGAGGGAUGAUCCACUUCAUAAACUGACGACAUUAGACUAUUGACUCUUAGUAUUGAGACAUCAGUUCAGUUUCCUCAGGAUCAGCUGAUGGUGAAUAAGAGACGUCACAGUCACACAAUCACAGAGACUGAAGACACAGAGACACACAGAUCACAGAGACCGAAGACGCAGAGACACACGGCAUCAUUAAAUCAUUACUGUAAUGAUUUCAGUGUAAAAUAAUUAUUAUUCACAUAUUUUUGUUAUGAUUAUUAUUAAAAUUUCCACUUAAAUCUUCACUUUUUGUAUUCAUUUUUUGCUUCUUCCUCCUGCACACAGUUAUUUACUAAUGGCUGUGUUGACACAUAAUUAUUUAUUUUAUGGAGAGGUUACGACUUUCAGUGUGAUUUUACAAUCUGAUAAAGUUCUUAAAUGUUUUAAAAAGUCUGUUUUUCUAAUGAUCAACAAUUCAGUGUCUCUGAAUAAUGUUCCACAUUCACCAUCAUUAACAAUGAGUGAGAUUUUGAUAAGAUGAUAAAUUUACAACAAAAUGAUACACAAUUUACUGACAAAUAAUACAUUUACAAAACAAUGCAGUAGGAAUGGAGUGUG